CGUCAGUUACCUACUAGAAAACAACUAAAUUUAUUUUAUUUUAAGUUUUUUUACUUCUUUCCCCCCAUACACACACAAAACUCACAACUAUGAACUCCUUCUCCGUGUUCUUGGUGUUUGCCUUGGCAGCUAUGGUUGUUGCAGAACCACCAUCCGGAUAUAGUUAUCCGCGCGGCGGUGGUGGAGGCGGUUUCGGAGGUGGUUUUCGUGGCGGAUUCGGAGGUGGUGGUGGUGGCGGCUAUCAGGCAGUUAGCGGCGGCUUUCAAACCUCCGAAGGUCUAAAUGUUGAUCCUCAAUUGCUGGAGCAAGUGCGUCAAAUCUUAUUGAACGAAGAAAGUAAAUCCGGCGGCGGCGGAGGCGGUGGCGGUGGCGGAUAUCCAAGCCCGUCGAGCUCUUAUGGGGCACCUUCACCGCAAUACGGUGUUCCCAACUAUAAUGGUGGUCGUGUAGUUGGCAUUGACUUGGAAGGUGUACGCCAAGCCAUCCAGGUGGCUCAGUUUGCCCAGCAGAGUACCCAGCCUGGUGGCUAUCCUGGUAAGCCUAGCGGUAGUUACGGUGCUCCCUACUAAGUACUACAUCACAGAAGACUAGCUCAUUUAGCGUAAUGUAAAUUGGACGCGACCACACAGACUUACACACAGACACAAUGACACACAGACAGUUUUGCUGCCAAAAAACAAAAAGUUCUCGUAACGUAACCGCGAAGCGAAGAUGAAAAGCGCAUGCCAAUAAUAAAACGGAUUCAAUUUGGGUCAUUUUGACAUAACGACAACAACAACAAUAAAAA